CAUCUCAGAGGAGGGGCGUCCCAGAAGCCCAGAGCUGGUCUGGUCAGAGCCCCACAGAACCCUGCACAGACCAGGGAAGCAGUCCAGGGAUGAGGGCAUCAAUGUUUUAAAGUCACCUGCUUGCCCAGGAAUUUGUGCUGCAGAAAAGUUCCGCAGGAUCGUAAACCAGCUCUGUGACUGCUUCACAGCUCACUCUGCAACUUGGAGCAAUCAUUUGCUUGAUUCAGCUCAGAACCCCAGGAACAAGAUUGGAAGAGAAGAUGGGUCUCUUCUUCUCCCUGCCUCCUUGAUGUUAGCAAAAAGACGGCACAAACCCAGGCCACUCUUCAGCCUUCUGCCCUCACCUGGGAAAUCGAGGAGAUCAGGAUCAAAUAAAGGGACCCCCAGCUCUACUCCCAGUUCCUGGUCUUAUCAAGCUCAAAAGAACUUUCUAAUGUAUUGUCGUCUUCAGGAACACCAAGGGGCCUGCUUUCAAGAGCUGGGUGCUGUCCUCCUGGGGUCUCCAGGGGCCAUGCACUGUAGAAAGACCACCAAGGACAAGGUUCUGCAUUCAACCCUCCCAACAGCCAAGAAAAGUUCAAUUUCUACUACUAGUUCCAAACACAGAGAGAUCAUAAUGUGCAGGGCUGCAAGUUUGCUUUGUGGACUGUCAGGGGAGAGUAUGCUGAAGAGAAGGCUGACCGCAUCCUCACUAACAAUAACAAAAACAAAACAGUCAGGCACCUGUUUUUUUUUAACCACUGUGACCACCGAGAAGGGACAAGCGAGCAGCACCCCGGGGAUGUGGGUAGAGGUACCUUGUCAGAAGAGCGGGGGCUGUGGUCCCCAGGCUCGAUGCCCUGCCGAGGUGGGAAGAUGCUGUCCGGAUGGAGCACUGGAGCACGCUGAGGAUUACGCGUUCCUGUCUCUGCGACCAGACCUUUCAGCAGCUUGGACCAACUGUGCUAGCGAUGCACUUAGCAAUUAUCUGCUGGCGCCGACGCCCCGCCCUCUGCUCCUGCGAUUGGCUCUCCAGCCCCGGGCAGGACUGCAUUGGUCUCUGCCGACCUCACUCAUUGCUUUGGCUCCUACUAUUAUCUAA